AUGGCGCCUAUGAGUGAUUUGGACCGCCAGAUAGCACUUCUUAGGGAUUGUAAACUAAUAUCUGAGAGCGAAGUCAAAGCACUUUGUGCAAAAGCACGUGAAAUUCUGAUUGAAGAAAGUAAUGUACAGUGUGUUGAUUCUCCAGUUACCGUAUGUGGCGAUAUACACGGUCAAUUUUUUGACCUAAUUGAGUUAUUUAAAGUCGGAGGGGAUGUGCCUGACACAAAUUACCUCUUUUUGGGUGAUUUUGUUGACCGGGGCUACUAUAGCGUCGAAACGUUCCUUUUGCUUCUUGCAUUGAAGGUCAGAUAUCCGGACCGUAUUACUCUUAUAAGAGGUAAUCACGAGAGUCGCCAGAUAACAACUGUCUAUGGUUUUUAUGAUGAAUGCCUUCGUAAAUAUGGUUCUCCGUUAGUGUGGCGCCAAUGUACCGAAAUCUUCGAUUACCUUUGUUUAUCAGCAAUAAUUGAUGACAGGAUAUUUUGCGUGCAUGGUGGCCUGUCUCCUCACAUUGAAAGACUUGAUCAAAUCAGAGCUAUCGACCGAAAACAAGAAGUGCCACAUGAAGGGCCGAUGUGCGAUCUUCUUUGGUCUGACCCUGAGGAUUCGACUGGCUGGAGUGUAAGUCCCCGAGGCGCUGGAUUUCUUUUUGGAGCUGACACCGUACAACAAUUUAAUCAUGUGAACAAGCUUGAUCUCAUUUGUCGUGCCCACCAACUUGUGAUGGAGGGACGGCGGUUCCACUUCAAUGAAACUGUGCUGACUGUUUGGUCUGCCCCUAAUUAUUGUUACCGUUGUGGGAACGUUGCUGCUAUUCUACGCCUUGACGAGUACCUCAAUCGGGAUUUCGCCUUCUUUGAAGCUGCACCUCAGGUAACAGCUUGGCCUGUCCAUAAGUAUCAGAUGACCACAAGUAAACAUAAUCUUAACCGAUUUUUCAUUUAUAUAAUGAUCUAA